AUGUAUUCGACCGUCCUCCUCGCGGUUGCAGGCCUCGCCUCGCAGGCCACGGCCGACUGCACGCGGGCGACACUGCAGGAUAUCACAGCGGGAUAUCUGGCCGCACUAGCCGCCGGGAAGCCGACGGGCAUCUCGGCGCUGCCCUCGGGCACGGUGGCGUACGUGGAGAACAACGCCGAGACGGACAUCAGCAAGGGCGUGCUGUCGCAGGGCAUCAAGAUCGACUUCAACCGCACCAUCUACGACACGACGCAGUGCGCGUCGUACACGGAAGUCGUGGCGACUUCCAAGCACGCGUACGUCAUCGGCGCGCGGCUGGCCGUGACGGACGGCAAGAUCACAAAGAUCGACACCAACGUGUGCGACGACGGCGACUGGCUGUUCAACGCGGCCGGGUCGCUCAAGUACAACCAGCAGGAGGCGUGGGAUGUGAUCCCCGAGGCCAAGCGCGACUCGCGCGACGUCAUCAAGGCCGCCGGCGACGCCUACAUCGACGCCUGGGGCGACUCCAAGGUCAACCCGCCCUUCAGCAAGCAGUGCGCGCGCCUCGAGGGCGGCUCCUACCUGACGGGCAACUGCAAGCUCAACUUCCCGCCGCCCUUCAACAUCUCGCGCCGCCUGUACACCAUCGACGAGCAGUACGGCGCCGUCGACGUCUUCCACAACUUCCCCUUCCUCGACAAGGCCAUCGCCCGCGACCCCGGCACCGAGACCAACAACUUCUUCCGCGUCGAGGCCGGCCAGAUCAAGUACAUCCACGAGAACACCGUGUGCUCCAAGAAGAGCUGCGCCAAGUAG